CAAACUUAUAUGCCACUCUUGAUCAAUCAGUCAUCAGAGACUACGAGAUACCAUGUUGAAAAGAUUUAGCUCGAGUGUAGAAUUGCUACCACAUGAUGUUGUAGAGCUCAUACUAAAGAGACUUCCGGUCAAGUCUCUACUGAGAUUCAUGUCUGUAUCCAAGACGUGGAAACUCACAAUCGAGACACGAAGUUUCCAGGAAAGGCAGUUGAUCCAUCAUAGCCAAUUACGAGGUCCGGAUAUCCUUUUCGUGUCCUUUGGUGAUGAUGAUGAUGGUUUGAACACAGAUCCUGGAAGACACGUGCUUGACUCAUCAAUAGCAGCUUACACGCUCUGGUUCCCUACUUUGUGCAUGUCAGUCUGCCAUGGAAGUUGUGACGGUCUAGUAUGUCUCUACACUGUCUACAACCCGAGUGUCAGUGUCGUGGUAGUGAAUCCCGCCACCAGGUGGCAUCACAGUUUACCUCUUGCCAGAAUUCAACAGCUCUCUAUCGAAAAGAUUACAAGUGGAUCGUUUGGCUCUGCAUGUCCUAUUCUUGGAUUUGGUAAAGACAAACUCAGGGGCACGUACAAACCGGUUUUUUUAUAUAAUUCAUACGGACUGGGCCUAGACAACGUUACCACUUGUUGUGAAGUUUUUGAUUUUAGCACUAAACUUUGGAGGUACGUUCGCACUGCGGCUCCUUAUGGGAUAAAUUUUCACCAUGACCCCGUGCACUUAGAUGGGUCGCUUUACUGGUUUACGUACUGUGCCGAAACCAAAGUAUUAUCUUUCGAUCUCCACACGGAAACUUUCCAAGUCAUCUGUGAAGCUCCCUUUUCUCAUGUACAUGAUCCUCACAGCGUCAGCAUGUGCGUCCUCGAUAACUGCUUGUGUGUAUCCACGAGUAACUGGCCGACCCAAGAUAUUUGGUCGUUGGAUUCUUCAGGCGGCAACAUGAAGACAUGGAAGAAAAUGUGUUCGAUAGAUCUCACCACUACUCUUGAUUGGUCCGGGAAACACUCACUCUUAGCAAUAGCAAUUUUGGAUAAGAACAAGUUAUUACUUCGUAGUCGUGGAAACUAUCAACCACUGGUGAUACAUGAUCUCAAUACCAAAUCUUAUGAGUUACUCUUCAGACCUGACAGUGGUGUAGGUUCUGUUUGUUAUUUCCAAACUUUGUUUUCUCCAUUAUGAAUUUCUUUUUUUCUUUUAUCUUUUUUCAUCUGUUUAUGGAACCAUUGUAAUUUAACCUCU